UUUGGUAUGUUGUCUGGGGCAGACUGUGUGAGCGGAGCGAGGAACGGCGCGGAGCGGGCGGCCAUCACUUCUGAGCGGGGAGCGACUCCGCUCCGCUCCGCUCCACAACACAGCGGUGUACCCCACUCCUCCGUCCAGAUCGCGUCAUUUUUCUGGAUGCUAACGCCGAGCGAAGAAGUGGUGAAUUCAAAAUGGAAUUUGCACAAUAUUUCACUAAAACAGGCGACCGCUCAUACAAAUGCACCAUAAAAAUAAAGGUGAAAAAUGACGAGGAUGUGGAGGUGGAGAGGGAGUGCGGCCAGUCAGUAAUCACAAGCAGAGAAUCCCUGUGGAAUCUGAAGAGGCACGUCUACAAAAAACACGAGCUGGUGCUGCGCAAACACGUCCGUGCCAAACAAGCGAAAGUGAACAAGUGCCAGAUGAAGUGGAGGAGAAACACUUCAGCCAAACAGAGGCAGAGUGAAGCCCAGAGGAGAGCCGCUGGCGAGCUCCUGCAGCCAACCUGGAAGUGCUGUCGGCACAUGAAGUUCAUCGCCCCGUUCUUUAAAGAGCUGGGAGUCACAUCACUCGGCAAAGGAAGUGCCAGUUGCACGAGCCAGGAAAUCAGUGAGUUUUCUGCCAAGGAGCUGCAGAGGAGGGAUGACUGGAUGACACCUCUGGAUAGUGAGAUGGAGGAGGAUGACGCUGAGAAGGAGCAGAAGGUUGCAGGGGUAAAUGGAGAGAGCAAGUCACUGAAAAAUAGUAAACGAGCUGCCUCUGCCCAUGACAGCUCAGUAGAUACAGAAGACAAUGCCCAGUAUCCUUCCUCCUCCUCCUCCCUUCCUCUGUCUCCCAGUGCAACACCAGUGUGCAGGAGGCUUGGACAGAGAAGGAAAAGACUGAAGGAGUGUAGCAGCAACUGUGGAAGAGGUUUUGUAGGGGAUAAUGAGGCAGAUGAGAUGUUUUUUGUCAGUUUACUCCCAUAUUUCAGAAGGCUGUCAUACAAGAAGAGGAGUGCUUUGAAAAUACAGAUACUCCAGCUGGUCUAUGCUGCAGUGUUUGAGUAAUUGCAUGCUUCUCACUGGAGUGCUGCUGUGGCCAGACUGUUUUCCUGGACUGUUCGAUCUCAAUAAUCAUUGACUCAUUAGACAACCCAAGAACUGAUCCUAAGGUUUAAAAAAAAAAAGUAUUUUAGUAUUCAUUUGACUGUUCAGACAAUUAAAGAACUCUAUACUACUAUUAUGACUGUUGACGAAGAGUAUUUGUAUUUGUUCUGUUGUCAGUAAAAGCUUCUGAAUAUUUGUAAGAUCA